AUGGACGCGUUCAAAGGUUUCCAGAAGAGCCUCACCUCGUUUGGCGGGCAAAUCACGCCCUUUGCCUCGCGCACCUUUCAGUACACAAAGGAGCAGUUGGGCCAGGCUGAUGACAAGACCCAGCUCCCUCCCGAUUAUAUCGACCUCGAGAAGCGGGUUGAUGCGCUCAAGGCCGUCCACCAGAAGAUGCUUGCUGUGACCUCGCAGUACUCGAACGAGGCUUAUGACUACCCGCCCAACAUCAAGGAGACUUUCCAGGACCUCGGUCGCACAGUCAGCGAGAAGGUCACGCUGCUCUCGAGUGCGACAUCCCCCGCCGAAGCGCAGGCCGCGUUGACGGCACCGCCCAGCGCCAAGCCGCAGCCCAAGACGUUCCACCACGCCGUCGCCCGCGCCUCGCUUGCCAGCAGUCAGACCUUGCACCAGCAACACACAGAGGCCGGCGAAGACCCGCUGGCGACGGCGCUCGAGAAAUAUGCGCUGGCCAUGGAGCGCGUGGGCGAGGCCCGCCUGGCCCAGGACACUCAAGUCCAGAGCCGUUUUCUGGCCGGCUGGAACACAACCCUCAACACCAACAUUCUGUUCGCCACGCGCGCCCGCAAGGCUGUCGAGAAGGCUCGUCUUACUCUCGACGCCGUCAAGGCCCGUGUCAAGGGUACCACUUGGAAGCUGCCUGGUGCUGGCGGCGCCUCUCCCCGUGUGCACGAGCCCCAUGAUGAGCAUGAGCUGAGCGCCGAGGCUCAGGAGGAGAUUGAGAAGGCUGAGGACGAGUUUGUUACCCAGACUGAGGAGGCUGUGGGUGUCAUGAAGAACGUCCUGGACACCCCUGAGCCGCUGCGCAACCUAGCCGAGCUGAUCGCGGCGCAAACGGAGUUCCACAAGAAGGCCCAGGAGAUUCUGAGCGAGUUGGCGCCCGUCAUCGAGGGGCUGCAGGUCGAACAGGAGGCGAGCUAUCGCAAGAGCCGAGAGAGCGCUUCCUAG